GUUCUUCUUCCCACAGGGCCAUCAUGUCUGACAGAAAGGCUGUGAUCAAGAAUGCGGACAUGUCCGAGGACAUGCAGCAGGAUGCCGUCGACUGUGCCACACAGGCCAUGGAGAAGUACAACAUAGAGAAGGAUAUUGCGGCAUACAUUAAAAAGGAAUUUGACAAGAAAUACAACCCCACUUGGCACUGCAUUGUGGGCAGGAACUUCGGCAGCUACGUAACGCACGAGACAAAGCACUUCAUCUAUUUCUACUUGGGCCAGGUCGCAAUCCUCCUCUUCAAGUCGGGAUAGGAGGCAGGUGGCGGUGAAGGGACACGGCGAGCGAGGGACCCGGACUGUGGUGUUCUGAAGGCAGGGAGUGCGCAGGCUUCCUCUACCAUGGCUGUGCCGCUGCAUGGACUGUAUACUAUAUUUAAUGUGUAUAUGUUGCAGUAAUACACCUAAAUUCUCUUUUGGUUGCCUGGGGGAUGAAAGGCAGCAUCUUUCUUUUCUAAAAGAAAUUUUUUCCUGGGUUACUGCUUUUUUUUUUCUUUUGUUCUUUUGCACUAGGGAAAACUGUAAAUGCUUCAACAAUGGCCUUUAAGUGGGGGGAAAAGGAAUAAAUAAACUUUAAUUCCACAAAGUCAUCUCUUGGUGGUGUUAAUGUUUCUCAAAGCCGAAUUUAAGCAGACCAAAAAAGUUCUUGUGAGGGGCUGAAUUGGACUGAGGCAUCCACCAACUGUUUCUUUUGUCAGGCCCCUGCUGACUGUGUGACGUUCCUGCUCAGUGAAAGGGAUGGUGGGCGGAGAGAGGUCUGGGGGUGGCGGCCAGCCUGCACCCACUUUGCUGCACCCACUGUUGCCUCCCGUGCAAAUCUAGAAGGAGGCCGGUCUUUAAUCUGAAUGUUCAGGCUCCAAAGUAGAUUAACCCUGGCCCCAGAGAAAUCCUUACACCCUCAUCCCUGCCCCACGCGAGGGGCAUCUGGCCGGGGCUCCAAGGCCUAUGGCCCUCAUGGUGGGGGGCAGCUGCUGUUGGCCUCUCGCCCCCUCCAUCCCUGAUCGAGUCAACGUUGCCUUAUUGCAGCUUACUUCCGACAACUGUUGUGUGGGAAGAUCUGUCAAAAACUGGUGGCUUGAUGUUGUGUAGGUGCAUUGUGUGUGUUUAAUUUUUUUUUGUGGGGGGGGACAGUCAUUUGGUAGAGGCCAAUUCAAAAUCUCCCUCUUCCCCCCCCCGCCCUAACAGAAGCCUGCCGAAGCAGAUAAAGCCAGCAGCAAAACUUCCAUUGCAGCAGAAAACAUGCCUGCUUCUAAAGCUGAGGAAACGUCUCCUGCAGGCUUCAUCGGUGUCAUCCCUGAUGUAUAGUUGAAACUCUGUUCUAUUGCUAAGAUGUCUAAUUGGCUGUCUCUGUUUUUUUCUUUGUGAGUUCAUCUUUGAAAUGCACACUGCAGUGAUAGCUUUAGCAAAAUUUGGGUGCUUUUGCUGUCAAGAGCCUAUAAAUUGAAUUGGGUAGAUUCUCUCCCCCCCCUCCCCAAAAUUGGGUGUUGGAGGAACAAUGAAGACAAACUAUCUGCAAGUUAGUAGCAACUCCAGGAUACGGAUAUGAAAAUUGUCUCCAUCUGUGUGUGCUUGUAUAUCAUACCUUGGGGAGGGGGUGAUAAUUUUGUUUGGCUGUGAAAUAGAAGACCUGAGCUGUCUAGUUCUGACAAACAGAAGUUCUUGUGUCUGUGCAAAAUCCAAAGUAUGCCUCAAACUUUGUACAAAUCUCAGUCAAACCAUCUUGUAAAAGAAAUAAAACUAGAGAUUGAUGUAGCUGUUGUAUUUCAUGUUGACUUCAGUCUCCCACCUCACCAAGGGGGUGUCAGGAAAGGUGAGGGGCCUCAGAUUUCAACUAGUGCUCUCUACUGAUAGUCUAAGGAAUUCCACCUGAUCUGGAAAAGGAGAAUGUUUUGUCUUUCCUUUCUCUUUCCAUGCAUGAGUCUAACUUGUGAAUAUGUUCACACUUCAUGGAGCGUGCAAAAAUUUGAAAAAUUCCCUUAUCUGCAGUUGCUCAAAAUAAACCUUAUUUUUCAAGAACAUUAAAAUAACUGACACAUUUAAGAA